AUGGUUUCUAUCGAGCCAAAUACCAUCGUAUCAAAUACUAUCGAUGUGACACUCUACGAUGAAGGCCACACAGCAGCCAGUGUUAUUGUAGAGCGAUUAGAACAGACGACAGAAUUUGCAGCAUAUAAAGUGGACCAUCCCACAGACAAAACAAAUAGCCAAUACAACGUAACUGCACCUGCGACCUAUUACGACUACACCAACUAUUCAGUAAAGCCUGGGAACAUAGACAAAUACAUGAUAACUAGUGUGCUAGGGAAGGGGAAAUACUCUGAGGUAUUUAAAGGGAUUGAAAGAACGUACUCAGAUAAAAAAGAUAGUCUGCAAGAGAGGAGUUCUCGUAUUACAACUAAUAUAAGCAGUACUGUUGUCAUAAAGGUUCUGAAGCCCAUAAAGCCUUCUAAGAUUUUUAGGGAAAUUCUCGUAUUAGAUAACCUAAACCACAAGAACAUUAUAAAGUUAAAGGAUGUAGUUAGUGAUAAAUCCACCAGAACCCACUCUCUUGUGUUUUCAUAUCUGAGCCAUCAAGAUUCCUACACGGCAUUUGAGAGCUGUGAUUUGCAAGAAUGUAUAGAAUAUUCUAGACAGAUUCUUGAAGGGCUAGCUUAUGCUCAUUCCAAAGGAAUUAUGCAUCGGGAUAUAAAACCAGGAAAUAUAAUUAUCAGCGAUGAUUUGGGGAAUAUAUCGAAUACUAAGACAUUUUUAAAAAUAAUUGACUGGGGAUUGGCAGAAUUCUACCAUCCAAAGAAAGACUAUUCCGUAAGGGUGGCUAGCAAAUUCUAUAAAAGCCCAGAGCUCCUACUAGACUAUCCAUAUUACGACUAUUCCCUGGAUAUUUGGGCAUUCGGAUGUAUUUUGGCAGAAAUGAUAACGAAAAAACAACCAUUUUUUUAUACAAAAAGAAAAAGUAGUGUCUUGAUAAAUACUGAAAUUAGUAAAUGCCAAAUUAAGACACCACCCAACUCUACUUCUUCACAAAAUAAUCUGGUUAACCAUCAGACUAUUGAUAAAAAAGUUUUUCGUAAUGAGCAUUUAUCUAGUAAUGUUCAUAACACCUCCAUGAGUACACUUAAGAAGAAUGAUUCCAUUUUGGGUGAGAUAGUGAGGAUUUUGGGAAAGGAGGAUUUAAGAAACUACAUAGCAAAAUAUGAGAUAAAUAUCAACAAAAAUAAUGAAGCAAUUAUAGAUAGAAUCAGUGGGUGUGAGAAAAGACGUGAUUUGAGAGAGUUUGUUGAGAAUGAAACGUUUUUGUCGAUAGUUGAAGUAUUGGAAAGUAUAUUUGUGUAUGAUCAUAGAGAUCGACCCACGGCAGAAGAGUUAUUGAGGCACAAAAUCUUUCAAUGA